GAAAACAGAUGGGAAUCCCAUCGAUCCCUCUCGUCUCCCAAAUCCCAAUCCCCUGCUCGGCUGCCACCCAAAGCCGCCAACGAGAUUCCUCUUCAUCCCCAGACUCAGCUCGUCUCCUCCCCGGCCCAUCGAUCCCAUCGAUUCUCUCCCUGCUCGGCCCCCACCCAAAGCCGCCAACGAGAUUCCUCUUCUUCGCUUCCCUCCCCUCCGGAAUCACGCCCGCCCAAUCCCGCGCCCACCGCCGCCGGCGACGAAUCCGGUGGUGAGUUUGUGUUGCAAGUGCAGCCAUGUCCAUGUUCAAUAGGAUCUUUGGGAAGCCAAAGGAGCAAGCCAAUUCCAAUGCGUUGGCCACUCUGGACAAGUUAAAUGAGACUCUUGAUAUGCUGGAGAAGAAAGAAAAAGUGCUGGAGAAAAAAGCAGCUGCUGAGCUUGAGAGGGCCAAAGAGUUCUCAAAAGCGAAGAAUAAAAGAGCGGCUAUCCAAUCCUUAAAGAGGAAAAAACUUUAUGAGCAACAAAUUGAGCAGCUGGGAAAUUUUCAGUUGAGAAUCCAUGAUCAGAUGAUCAUGUUAGAAGCUGCUAAAGCUACAACAGAGACUGUUGAUGCAUUGAGGACUGGAGCUGCAGCUAUGAAAGCAAUGCAAAAAGCAACAAAUAUUGAUGACGUUGACAAGACUAUGGAUGAAAUUAAUGAACAGACUGAAAAUAUGAAACAAAUACAGGAUGCUUUGUCAGCUCCUCUUGGAGCUUCUGCUGAUUUUGACGAGGAUGAACUGGAAGCAGAACUGGAAGAACUGGAGGGAGCAGAGUUGGAGUCUCAGCUUCUGGAGCCUAUUGCAGCUCCUCCUGUCCAUCCAGUGCAGGUCCCAGCCAACAGGCAACCAACUCGCCCUGCUCCACAGAAAGCUACAGCUGAGGAUGAUGAGCUUGCUGCACUGCAAGCUGAAAUGGCGUUGUGAUCAGGUUCCCAAGGAAGAGGUGAAAUGUACAAAUUAUUGGCUUUACGCUACGAAGUUACGAGUGAGCCUGGCUACAAUAUAAUCUUGCGGAUUAUCAAUCGAAGCAGAAAAAUGGCUGCUCAAGCUGGUGUUUGUUUUAGUGGUUUUGGGGCCUGUUUUUCUAUAGACGGUUUCAGUUAAUGUGGCUGGUUAGCUCCAUCCAAGCUAAUCAAUCAAAGUCAUGCAAUUUGCAUUGUUUGUCCCACAGUAUUUUUCGUUUGAGCCAUAUUGUCUGGAACCAUGUAAACAUGUUGGAACAUGUAAAUCCCCAGGGUUCGCAGUUCUUAAUAUUUUUUUAA